GUCCAAAGCCUACUAAUUUCCCGAGCCUUUAGGUUAGGGAAAUUAUAAGGAUUUGGACAAAACGCAAGUGAAAUUAUUCCCUAAUUUCACUCGUCACCAUUUGAUUACACAUACAUAUUCGUUUGCGGUCCUUUGCAGUCCCUUGUGGUUAAUGUUUGUACUUUAAGGAACGAGAGCCCUCCCCCUCCCCCCUCUUUUACUCGCCACAUUUUUCGCGCUGUCUUCCUUUGCUCCGAAAGCACAAGGAAACGCUUGCUACGCGGGCUAAGCUGUAAGCGAUGAAAACACGCCAAAAAACAUCAGUAUAUAAUUUCGCACACAAAGUUCUUUCGAACGUCUCGUUCCGCGUUCUAUUCAAAUAAUCACACCUGCCGUGGGUCUUUAUCAGAGACUUGAGCUUGUUUAAACUUGCCCGGUGAGGAAAGAUUUCCCAGCAUUCAUGGCUCCAUGUGUCUUCCCAGCUUCCCGCUAAAAAUGUUCUCGUGAUGGAUCACGUGCUAAGCACAAACCAAUCAGACACCCCUAAUUGAAUUUCCCGCACUUUUCCUGCUUGAAAUCUUGGCGCGUAAUUCAUAAGUUGCUUCGCCAUCGCCGGGACGAGAGGUAUGUACAGUUGUUAGUUUGUGUGCUGCUUUAGAAAGGAAAAAUUGUGGAAAGUUACUCAAAAUGUCUCGCUACACAGUCAAUCAGGUAUUUGUAAAGGAGAAGAUCCUGUAAUAUUGAGACAUUUGACGCGAUUUUGAGGAGUCGAUGUCGAUUGUGAAGUUCGCUCUUCGACUCUAGGCGGCCAUCUUAAUAGUUGAUUUUUAAACGAAGAAAUGUCGUAGUUUUGCGUGUUAUUUCGCCGGUCGAUUACUUUAAAUUUCAUUUCUUAGUUCUUUUGACAAGUAGUAAAGACAGGUUACAACGAAAUCAUACCAAUUAUAGGGAAUUUAUGGGAGACACGCUGAAAUAAUUCUCUUACUUGAUCGACUCGAUUCGUCCAAUGCGAUAUUUAGGUUAAUCUUAGUCUACGUUUGUUGCGGUUGUGUACAUCGGAUCAUUCAUGCUCAUAGCAGAGUUGUACUACAGAGCAAAUUACGGACAUUUAAUGCUCCGUAUUAUCUCUGAUCCACACUGAUCGUUGAACGCGGGAACCAUGUAUUGCUUUCCCGCCAUUUUGAGUUUAUCGAUCUUGUUGUCCUCCGACGAGCCUCGAGCGUUUAGCUUAUAUCUUGACUCUUUGAAAGCUUUAGCUUUCCGUUUUUUCGGCUCACAGCAGUAAAAAACGAGCAGGUCUCGGUUUCUUGUUGAUAGAAAAUUUUUGUGUUUCCCAUCAAAUUAUAUAUAUAGUUAGAUUUAUAUUGAUUAGAAUUAGCUGCAUGCUCGAUCGAAUUUCAAGUCUUCCAUUCAUUCCAAUCUAAUACUGAAGAGUUCGAUGAACUUAUGCCAUGAAGUAAUUGGUGAAUCUAUCAUUAAGUUUUAUAAAUUAUUUUCUAAAUGUUGUGGCAACAGAAAUGAAUUUGUAAAUUCCUUUUGGCAAGGAGCAACCAAUUGGCUAAUUACAAGCAAGGCAACAAAGUUGCACUUAACAUCUGAAAAAUAACUCCUGCUCCUCGGGAAUAUGCGAGUCUGAUGCCUGGGACACCAGAGUGAUUUGCAUAUGGAAAAACCCAAAUUUCAAAAAUGGUUUAUCAGGGGUUUCAAUAAAAAUGGAAGUAGGCAGCAGGAAUAAAGUAAUUUGAGAGUAUCCACCAGGGGACAGUAGGCUCUUUCUUGUAGUGGAGUUUAAGAGUGCACUAACUCAGAAAAUUUUGACCUUCUUGUCAGAUCAGACUGCUUUUAUUCAUCAAUACAUUCAUCUCAACUUCAUUUGUCAAAAUGUUUGAAGCAAGACUUGCUCAAGGCAGUGUACUCAAAAAGAUCCUUGAAGCCAUUAAAGACCUGGUUCCCCAUGCAAACUGGGACUGUUCUGAUACUGGCAUAUCUGUACAAGCCAUGGACAGUAGUCACGUCAGCCUGGUGUCUCUGUCAUUGAGUCACGAUGGAUUUGAGCAGCCAUACAGGUGCGACAGAAACAUCACCCUUGGCAUGGAUACUCCUACACUCUCAAAAGUUCUUAAGUGUGCAAGCAAUGAUGAUAGCAUUACUAUUAAAGCUGAAGACUCAAGCGAUACAGUUUCAUUUGUCUUUGAAAGUCGAAGUAAGUAAUUUAUUUCAAUUAAUUACUAUUUAUGUUGACACUGUCAAUUUUGUUGUCCAAAAUUACUACCAUAUGGCAUUAAAUUUGCUCAGAGUUUUAAUUUGGCAGAUAGGCAAUAUUUUUUAUGAAAACUGUAUUUUCUUGUUGGAAUUAAGCUUUGUGAUUUUUAGCAAAUUUCAUAGCACAUUUUGCUUUAUUUGGGCAAUGUAUAUGAGAAGCAAUGCCCAGUAUUGAAUAAUUGUAUGUCAUGGACUUUCCAUCACAGUCAAGAAUUUUUAUGGUCUUUUGAUGAUGGUGAAGCUCCAUAUGUGCUUUAAGCAUGUGUCAGCAGAGCCCCAUAGCCAAGAAAAUUUGUUUAUCUACCCAUUGCAGAAAUUUUGGUAGUCAUGUGAUUGUCUGCAUUACAGAGGAACCAAUGUGAAAUGCCACACUUUCUAACGGGAGCUUCACCUUUGCUAAUAUUUAUAUAUUAGAAACUGUUUUUGCCAAGGUAACUAGUGCUUUCAAUUUCUAAUAGCCUGGCAAAAUCCCCAUCUUGACCUAAAAUUAUCUGUGUACAUUUUUAUUCUUACAUUUAUGUUUAUUCAUAUCUUUAUUUCAGACCAAGAAAGAGUAUGUGAUUACAGUAUAAAACUUAUGGACAUUGAUAGUGAACAUUUAGGAAUCCCGGUAGGUCAUAAAGAUUCCUUAAAUGUUCCAUUUACCGACAAAUUUUUUAGGUUAACUCUUUAAGUCCUCAGAGUGGGGGCCAAAAUCUCUUUUCUCCUAACAUCGUCAACAGAAAGGUUAUGAGAAUUAGUAAAAUGAUCACCGAAGGCAAAAAUAAUGCUUUGAUCUUUUGUCAAAUUUUCUUAGCUAAUUGUUAAAGGAAAUGUAUGGAGAUCAGCCUCAAGGCUGUCGUGUGUAAUCUAAGAAAAAUGUAAGGGAGCCCAUUGCUCUAAACCUGUGACCAUAUGAUUUCUGUGAAAAACUAUGAUUUCCUAGUCAUCUAAGAGCAAAAGUUAAGUGCCAGGGGCCAGCCCAAUUCUGGAGAAUUUGUGUAUGGAAACUGGGGCUUGAACUUAUUCUGAGAGUUUAGCUUGAAAAGGUAUAAGGAGGGUCAAAACUAACUUGUUUUCACUUUUUGAAGUCAUUAGCUUUAAUAAUUUUUUUUUUGUGGAUGAUAGGACCAAGAGUAUGAUGCUGUUGUUCACAUGCCUUCCUCUGAGUUCCAGAGAAUAUGUCGUGACCUGACACAGAUUGGUGACUCUGUAAAAAUUAACUGCACAAAAGAGGGUGUAAAGUUUUCGGCUUCUGGUGAUCUAGGAGAGGGAAACAUUCUCCUUAAACAAAGUGCAAGUGUUGACAAGGAAGAAGAGCAGGUAGGAUACUAGUAAUAAUGUAAAUUUCAAGUGCAGUUCAUAUUCUUGGGGGUCCUGUGCUACUAAGUGCUGAUCUUUUCAUUGUGCUUGCAACUUUUCAUAACUGCCAUCUUGAAUUUUUAAAAGACUGUUGUGUCAUGCAACAGUUAAGUGGCCACAAGAAAGUUUCCAUAUAUAGUUUAGUCAGAGUUUUUAACAAUUAGCUUUUAGAUAGUCCGAUUUUGUGUUAUGUUAUUAUGUAUAUAUUUCAUUCUUAGGUUUAGUUUUAUAUGGAUGACCCCAUAAGCUGCAUAACAUUUAAUAUCAUUGUGUUAAAGUAGAGUUUGUCUGUCUGUCUGUCCACAUAUGCACAUAUAAGGUUUAUGUAGGUGGCUUUAUCUAUUGGGCUUUUACCAUUUGAACAUUCCCUCUAUGGUAGAACAUGUAUUAAUUUCAUUGUGUUUGAGUUCAUCACGAAACAAACACAUUUAACCAAAACAAACUCUAAUUUCAAAUGCACUCAUUAAUUUGCAAUCACUACUGUAGUUAUAUAUAGUACCAUUCAUGUUGUGGUCAUGGCUAACAACAUACCUGUAAGAUGAGGAUAUAUUAUAUCAGCCCAAGAAAAUGUGUUUAAAAAAAAUGUUUGUGUUAAAAUCAACACAUACAACUUCUUUUGCAUCUUCCAUAAUUUACCUUUUUUGAUAUGAAAGUGUGACCCCUAUACCUAGAUUCCCAGAAGGAUGGGGUGGGAGGGUGGUGAAAUGAACAAACCCAGCAUUUAUUGAGAAAAAUAUUGACAUGUGCUUAAACCCACAAUUGCAGGUUUCAAUUGAACUAAAUGAACCAGUGGAACUUACAUUUGCCCUCAGAUAUCUAAACUUUUUCACAAAGGUAUGUACAGCAUCCAACCUGCCAAAUUAUACUCAUAGUACUUCGAGCACCUUAUUUCUUAAGCAUAUAACUCUUGUAGACAGCCAAAAAAUACUGUAGUUGACAAGACUGUGAUCUUAAGAAAAUCCAUAGGGAUGCCCAGCAUAAAAAUUUAUUGCAAAAAUCUAAGACAGUUAGACUUCUUUGUCUGCUAAACACAUCACUGCCUAAGGCACAUAUCAGCAAAUUUGGAACUCUUGUGGCAGUUGUUUUGCUUGCCAUGGUAUUUCCUUCUCACAAUAAAACCAAAACUGUUGCUGCUUGGAGCUCUGUGUAACAUGUUGCAUGCUCACAUUAAUUUUUUAUUUAAAUCAUCAUUAUUAUCAUCAUCACCAUCAUCAUCACGUAUUUAUACAGGGGUAAACUUCAAGCUAACAUGCAAAUGUAGCUAAAUACGUAUGUUGUAGUUCAAUUUUAUUAUUGCUUUAAAUUUUAUUUUCUUUUGUUUCAAACUCAUUAUACAUUACCAUAGCCCAAAACAAAGGAAAAUAUAAUUUAAACCAAGGAUGAAAUUGAACCACAACAUUACAUAUAUACUUUUAAAAUACUGAAAAUGUUACAAUAUAUAUUGAAUACAAACAAAGCACUAACAAUAAAGUUAUGUUGAAAAAAUUAAAUUAAAGCCUGUUUUUCAUAAAUGCUGUGUUUGAGUUAGAAGUUAACAGUUGUCCAAAGCAAGUCAAAAAUUUUUGCUUGUCUUUUAUCAGAGGGUUAACUGUUACACAGAACAGUCCCGCUGUAGCAGAAGCUGUUUUUAUAGUAAUUGGUUUUUGGCAAAAGAACAGCAAGCUUAUUAGAAUUUGUAAGGCUAUAGGAGUUAAAUUUAUAGUUGUGUUGUACAUGUAUUAAAUAAUUUGACAGAUUUUCCCUUACAUUUCCCUAGGCAUCUCCCCUGUCAAGCACUGUAACCAUGUCACUGAAGGAUGAUGUUCCUCUUGUUCUUGACUACCGCAUUGGAGAAAUGGGCAACCUCAAGUAAGCUGACGUUUUUAAUGCUUAUGAUACUCGAGCAUAAUUUCACGGUAAAUCACAUUCACAAGCUUGCUUUGGUAUCAAGAACAAAAGAUCCCAGACUGGGGAUUUUCUGAGAGUUUUGUGAAGCAAAAGCAAACUAACCCAGGAAUAUCUGAAACUGAUUGACAUCAAUUAUUGGUGUGGGUAUCAACAAGUUAAUAAUGCAGACAUGAUAAAAGGGAAAUCUAAGAAAAUCUGUAGCAAGCUUGCAGAGGUCUUUGACCUACUAGAUAUGUUUUGCAAUCUUACAUUAGUAUAAGAAAGAUAUGAGUGGAAAGUAAAGAUAAGUAAAAAAUAUUGGUCGUGAAAAUAACAAAAAGUCACAGCUUGACUCUGAUGUCUCUGUUCUUUUGGUGUCCUCAUAAAUGGAAUGAGUGUUUGCUUUGGUUUAACAUUGCAGUGCAUUAUACAAACUUUUUCUCUUUUUUAGAUACUAUCUUGCUCCAAAGAUUGACGAAGAUGAGCCCAUGACAAAUGAAGAUUAAUUGAUUAUAGAUUUAAGUGUUAACUUUCUUUAUCGUGGAAUUAACCUUUUACUGCCAUCAAAAUGUACAUAAAAAAGAGACGUGUUAGCAAGAUUUUUGGAUUGCACUAUGGUAUUUUCUGUGUUUAACACCUUCUGAAGAUUUCUUUCUUAAAAUAACAAUAGUAUAUUCAAACAGCCAAAUUUAAGUGCAUAUUUAACUGAAAUGGAAUAAAAAGCGUCUGUU